AUGACCCGCCUUCAGGGUUCCGUCUUGCUUUUGCUCUUGUGCUUUGUCGCUCUCGUCUGCGCCUGGUCUCCUGAGGACCACGAAAUUUUCCGUCUUCAGGAUGAGGUUGCCCUUCAUGAGGGUAGUAAUGCUACCUUCUACUCCUUUCUUGGAGUGAAGCCUUUCGCAAGCAUUGAGGAAGUCAAUGCUGCGUACAAGAAGAAGGCCCGCGUCUUGCACCCCGACAAGGCUCGUCAACGUUUCAUCAACUCCUACGACGCUGCCCCGCCUGUCAAGAACACAAAGAAGGGGGACAAGCCCACUGUCCACGUCAAGAAGAACAAGAAGCCUACACAAAAGGAAAUCAACGCCUACAACAAGGAAGCAUCUGCUCGCUUCGCCCGUCUCGGCAUAGUGACCAACAUCCUCCGUGGUUCUGAGCGUCAGCGCUACGAUCACUUCCUCCGCAACGGCUUUCCCAAAUGGCGUGGUACUGGCUACUACUACCAGAGAUUCCGUCCUGGUCUCGGAUCCGUCAUGAUUGGCCUCUUCGUCUUCCUCGGCGGUGGUGUUCACUACGUCACUCUGUACAUGAACUGGAUGAAGCACCGCGACUUUGUCGAUCGCUACAUUCGUCAAGCUCGUCGUAUUGCAUGGGGUGACGAGAUCUCGGGCAUUGGAAACAGCGCCCCUGCUCCUGUCGCUGUCCCGGAGCCUUCCUCAGAGGAAGAGCCCCAAGCCAUGAACUGGAACAGAAAAGAGAAGCGUGCUGCUGAGCGCGAGAGCAAGCGUGCUGCCAAGAAGCCAAAGGCCACCAGAGCUGCGAUCGUCGAUCAGGCAAAGACCACUGGAAUCAGCACUCCUGUCGAGGCUGAACUCACUAGCGGUCCUGUCGGUGCCAAGAAGCGCACCAUUGCUGAGAACGGCAAGGUCCUCAUUGUUGAUAGCGUCGGCAAUGUCUACCUUGAGGAGCGCACCGCAGAGGGCGAACUCCACGAGUUCCUUCUCGAUGUCGAUGAGAUCCAAAGACCCACCAUCAACGACACCUUCUUGGUCCGCCUGCCUAUUUUCCUCUACAACAAAUCCCUCGGCACCCUGCUCGGAAAAAAGACAUCCGAAGCCGAGUUGGAAGAACUGCUCGAAGGCACCAUGGAAGACCAAGGUGUAGACGAAGCAACAGCUACCCUCAAGUCCGCCGCCCAACCAAAUGGCAAUGCAGAGACUCGCAAGAGAAAGCUCAAGCCCUCCAAGGCCAGAUCUAGUUAA